AUGAAAGCAGGCACUCCUGAUGUCGAACACAAUUCUUCUCAGAUGGAACCAUCGGUGAAAGCCGGUGUCAGAUCAAAGCCAGUGAAGUGUUUGCCUGAAUCGGCGGCGAAGAUCUCCCCGGUACCACCUGAGGAAGUUCUAGAGGCAGAGAUGCCUUCUGAAACGCCUAAAAGCGAAAUGGAGAGACUGGCUCCGGCAGAAAAGACAUCGUCAACAGCUGAAAUAAAGCAAUCCGAACCGGUAUCCGCGGCCACGCUCGAGGAAGUGCAACGGGAUGUGCUGGAGGCCGAAGACGAAGUGCGUCAAGCAGAAAAGCAGCGCCAGGAGGAAUUAGAACAAGAAAUUGAUGCUGAAGUUCAGCAAAUACUUACUGAAUCCGAACAUGCCAAGCACGGAGAGGCAGCCAUUGCAGCGGCUGCUUCCGAGGAAGCAGCAACGAUCACAGCAAAGAAGAAAGCGCUAUCAGCUAGCGAGGCAGAACAUGAACAUGCGGAAACGGACUCGGACGAAAAGGAGGCAAAAAGCAAAAAUGCGAGAGCCUCCAAGAUAGCAGACCAGAAGUCGGAAGAACGUGAAGCUGCGGAAAGAGCUAUUGGCGGUUCCUCUGCAGAGGGCCGAAAGGCUCAGAGACGAAAUAAAAAAUUUUAUCCGCUGUACUGCACUCAAGCAGCCAAAAAGCAAUUAACAGGAGGCACUUUACCCAUGCUUACACGCAGUGGUGCAAGUAAAAACGCCAAUAACUGA